UAUCGCCUCAACUCCAUACUUGGACAAUUUUCUAUACCAUCUUAGUUCCUUUUGACAAGCAAUUAAUCUUCCUAUUCAGCAAAUCCUGACACAAAAUCAUCCAAUCUCCAUUGGAGGAGCACUGUCCAUUUAAAUGCAAAAGCUCUGAAAAUCAUAGCUCCAACGAGCUUGUAAGAAGCACAAGCAGCAUAAACCCUGUACUUCGCAGGCAGGGCAAUGGAUUGCUCACGGCAGUUUUUCUUCUCUUCUUUAAUUGUUACAUUCCUUCUUAGUCUUACCGUUGCCCAACAACAGCUUCUCUACUAUUUCUGUUUAGACACAAGUGGCAGUUUCACCAGAAGCAGCACUUACGAGGCAAACCUCAAUCGCGUGCUGUCAUCUUUCUCCUCGAACACAGCAAAUGAUUAUGGGUUCUACAAUAUCUCAUCUGGCCAAGGCUCCGAGGGAGCUAACGCAAUCGCACUUUGCAGAGGAGAUGUUAAUUCGGGUGGUUGCCUCGACUGCAUCAAUAACGCAGCCACUGAGCUCAGAAAUCUCUGUUCCAACGAGAAAGAAGCAAUUAUCUGGUAUGAAAAUUGCUUGUUGCGCUACACAAAUCGCUCCAUCUUUGGUGUUGCGGAAACCAAUCCUUCUUUCUACAUGUGGAAUGUAAACAACGUCACGGAUCUGGAUGCUUUUAAUCAGGCCCUGAUUGCUUUGAUGGAUAACCUAAGCACAAACGCUUCAUCAGGCACUUCCCUUCGCAAGUUUGCAACGGGUAGUGCAGAAGUUACAGCUGCCCAAACAAUAUAUGCACUUGUUCAAUGCACUCCGGAUUUGACCCGGCCCGCAUGCAGCUCUUGCUUGUCUCAGGCUAUUGCACUGCUUCCGAGUUGCUGUAAUAGUAAACAAGGAGGCAUGGUAUUUGGGCCUAGCUGCAAUUUAAGAUUUGAUAUUAAACGCUUCUAUAAUCUUGCUACUGCUGAUGCACCAUUACCACCGCCAUCAGCACCACAAUCCCCACCUUCUCCCCCGAGCUCGAAACGUACAAGAGGAAAAAUGAGUAAUUCAUAUCGAACUAUUAUCAUCAUAACCGUCCCGGCUGCUGCUUUUGCGGUACUUCUCAUCUCCAGCUGCAUCUUCUUUUUAAGGGUGAAAAAGUCAAAGGCGAAAGCUGAAAAGUCCUUGCAAUAUGAUUUCAGCACCAUUAGAGCUGCAACAGAUGACUUUUCUGACACAAAUAAGCUCGGACAAGGUGGAUUUGGUACAGUUUAUAAGGGCACAAUUGCCAGUGGAGAAUUGAUAGCAGUAAAAAGGCUGACUACAGAUUCUGGACAAGGAGAUCUAGAAUUCAAAAACGAGGUUCAGUUAGUGACCAAGCUUCAGCACAAGAAUUUGGUUAGGCUCCAAGGUUUCUGCCUGGAAGGAAAUGAAAGGCUACUCAUCUAUGAGUUUGUGCCUAACGCAAGUCUGGAUCAAUUCUUAUUUGAUCCAGUUAGGCGUGCAUAUUUGGACUGGGAAAGACGACAAAAAAUCAUUGGAGGCAUUGCUCAAGGACUUCUCUACCUUCAUGAAGAUUCUCGACUCCAAAUUAUUCAUUGUAAUCUCAAAGCUAGCAACAUCUUAUUAGAUGCAGAACUAAAUCCUAAAAUUUCAGAUUUUGGCAUGGGAAGAUUGUGUGCACUUGAUCAAACUCAAAGUGUUACUAGUAGAAUUGAGGGAACAAAUGGAUACAUGGCACCUGAAUAUGCAUUGCAUGGUCAAUUUUCUAUCAAGUCUGAUGUUUUUAGUUUUGGUGUACUACUUUUAGAGAUUUUAUGUGGUCAAAAAAAUAGUGCUUUUUGUGUCGGGGAGAAUGUAGAAGAUCUUCUAAGCUAUGCCUGGAGAAUUUGGAAGGAUGGGACAGCAUUGAAACUUGUAGAUCCCAUUUUGUGGGAAGCUUCAAGAACUCAAGUGAUGAGAUGCAUCCACAUUGGGCUGCUUUGUGUUCAAGAAAAUGCAGCGCAGAGACCAAACAUGGCUUCAGUUGUUCUGAUGCUUACUAGCGACUCUGUCACUGUCCCACUACCCUCAGAACCUGCAUUUUUCGUGCACAGCAACACUCGCAAGACUUAAAUUCAGGAGCAACAGAAUCCACUCAAUCCAGAUGACCACAUAAUUCGAUU